UACGGAACCCGCCAGGAACGAGCUCCAACACGUUGUAGUAAUGGUGUUGAGCUAGACACCUCACACAUGGCAUAAAUAGGACGAUUCUGUCACGGACUACAACAAACACACGAAUAUGACAGACAUUGUGUAUCAAGCGAGGUGGUUGUUCGUGCUGAUUGUAUUUCUGCUGCAAGCGUCCGAAGGCCGUGUGUGUCGGGAGGGGGCGGAGUUUGAGUGUGACGAUCAGUGCGUCCCCAACCACUGGCGCUGUGACUUGGACAAGGACUGUGAGGACGGCAGUGACGAGAUCAACUGUGGUGAGAUAACGUGUCGACCAGAGUACGUGUCCUGUGCAUCAUAUGACGCGUGUAUCAGUGCAGACUGGUGGUGCGACGGCGAAAGGGACUGCAAGGACGGCAGCGACGAGAACAACUGUGAGAGCAUCACCUGUCCUCCGUUCACGGCACCCUGUGUGUCCGGCAGCAAGAAGUGUGUCCUGCAGCGGUCAGUCUGUGAUGGACAGAAGGACUGUAUAGACGGGAGUGAUGAAGAAGAAUGUGGGAAGACCUGUGCGCCAGAUCAGGUGAUGUGCCGGAACGACGCAAACAUCUGCAUCAAGACAAUCUGGCUGUGUGAUGGGGAGCCCGACUGCCCUAACGGCACUGAUGAGGCCAAUUGUCGCCCAACCUGUGCAGCUGACGAGCUGCAGUGUGCGGAUGACAAGUGUAUAAAGAAGGUGUGGCAGUGUGACGGAGAUAAUGACUGCAUCGAUGGAUCUGAUGAAGAGUCUUGUGCACCCGUGAAGUGCAACACCACCGAGUUCAAGUGUGCGGACAACACAUGCAUCCCGAAGACGUGGACGUGUGACGGCGAGGCGGAUUGUGAGGACGAUAGUGACGAGAUCAGGUGUCCGGCCAGAUCUAAUGAUACGCGUGUGCCUGAAAUUACAAAUGAUCCAACAUUCGUCCCCAACACAACGACCACUGGUGUUACAACUUUGAAUUUAACAUCAACGUCACCAACACCAACACCAACGCCAACGCCAACACCAUCACAACAUUCAACAACAAUAACAACAUCAGCCUCCUCAACAGCUGGUCAUCAAGGGGCGUGUCUUCCCGGGCGGUUCAUGUGUGGGGGCGGCAAGUGUAUCCCUGAACGAUGGCAAUGUGACAACCAACAGGACUGCCCCGACAACAGCGAUGAACUGAACUGUGGUGACACAACAUGCGGGUCAAGAUAUGUCCAGUGUAGGUCAGGACAGUGCAUCCCCAGUCCGUGGAUGUGUGAUGGACAGCCGGACUGUGCUGACGGUUCGGACGAGGCUCGGUGCCCUUCAAACACUACUCCUUACACGACAUCAUCGACAGAAGGAGCUCAAAGCUCCAUCACGUCAACACAAACAGCAUCAACUCCAGACACAUCUACGCCUUCAUCGACGUCAACAACAACUGUUUUCACCACACCAACUACGACAACAUCCACAACAACGACUACGUUGCCGACUGUCAAAAGACCACCCGUUACUGCAACACGAACGGACAACGAUCCUCUACUGUUGGUGUUCGUGCACCAGGACUUGCUAGUCUUGGACCUAACUACCGAUGACAUCUCUGUACUUCCGGUUGCCGCCAAAGGAAUGCGACCGAAUCCCUCCGGUCUAACUGUGGACGUGAGGCAGAGGACGCUCUACUGGCCCGACGUCAGAUACAACACCAUCAACUCUGCAACUUUAACCGGAAACAAGACUUUAACAAACAUCAAGCAACUGUACACUACCGGGAUACUCAGAGCGAACGGCAUCACUCUGGACUGGGUUCAUCAUAAUCUGUACUGGUCCGACCAGGAAGCCGGUACAAUCACAGUUGCCUCCCUUGACACAGGCGCCAAAACAACAUUGCUAGAUACAGACUUGUCGCUGAUUCAGGGACUUGAGGUGGAUCCCUUGAAUAGGUGGUUAUUCUGGGCCUGUGCAGGAAGUUAUCCCAAGAUUGAGAUGAGCAGCACCGACGGCAGCAACAGAAGAGUCCUCCUAAACAGGGGACUCGCGUUUCCUCAGGACGUGGCCAUAGAUUUCAAAACAAAGGAGCUCUACUGGGCGGACAGCGGUAACGACAAGAUUGGUGUGUGCGACAUCAUCACAGGUGUCUGUCGCGAACUGUGGGAGACCCAAGCACCACUCAUGUACUAUGCCAUCGAUAUAUACAAGAAACGUCUUUACUGGAGCGACAGAGCGCAGUUACAGAUUCAAAGGAUUAACAGGGAGAUGGGCAAGUUCCUCCGCCUCGUUCGGGGAAACCUUUUAGAACCAAAGGGCCUUGCUGUGCUUCACGGCCAACGACAGCCGCACGCUCCAAACAGGUGUGGUCCGGAUAAUGGCGGAUGUCGGAUUUGCUUACCGUCACCGAAGGGAGAUAACUCCACUUCUGAAUAUAUUUGCGCAUGCCCGGAUAACUUGUUCCUGCAAUCGGACAAGAAAACUUGUUCAGGCACAGAUCCGUCCAAGCCGUCGCCAUGUUUUGAGGGCUACGUGUUGAAGGGCGACAGGUGUGUGGAUAAAGACGAGUGUACGGUUUCGCCAGAGUUGUGUUCACACAAGUGUGUCAACUCAGUCGGCGGAUUCAGCUGCACGUGCUAUGAUGGCUACAUACCUGUCAAUGUCACCAGAUGUGAGGCAGAAGCUGCGAAUGAAGUUUAUUUGGUACUUCUGGAUUCGAUGAACUUGAAACGAAUCAACCUGACAACGUUUAACUAUGCUGUUAUGACAAAGCCCAAACGCUUCAAGAUCGUGAGACCAGCAGCUCUUGACUUUGACGUCAGGAGAAACACGGUCUUUUGGUCGGAUGUAAUGACAAAAAAUAUCAAUGUGGCCCGUAUUCACAACACCCAACUGGAGAGCCCGGAGGUCCUGUUGUCAAACAUGACGGCAGUGGGAGGUGUGGCAUACGACUGGGUCCACGAGGCCCUCUACUGGACACAGGACAAGGAGGAGGAGGAGGCAAUAAGAGUUAUGUCCCUUGGGUCAAAGUUGGUGGCAACCCUCGUUUACACAAAUCUCGGCAACCCUCGGGCGAUAAUUGUUGAUCCUGCCAGAGGGUGGAUGUACUGGACGAACUGGGCCCAGCCGGCGGAUAUACAGAAGUGUGGUAUGGACGGCACCAGCAGACAUACCAUUAUCAGUGCCAAUAUUCACUGGCCUAAUGGCAUAACUAUUGAUUACAUAGAUAAGCGCCUGUACUGGACCGAUUCCUACCUGGACACUGUCACGAGCUCUGAUCUAGACGGAAAUGACGUCAGGGUCAUCAUUGACAAGACAAAAUUCUUCCGGGAACAUAUGUAUGCUAUUACAGUGUUCCAGAACCACCUGUACUGGACGGACUGGAUCACCGACACUGUGAGGAAGAUGGACAAGAGGACUGGGAAGAUGACCUUCCACCAUGUUGGAGGGGUCAUGCCCCUGGGCAUCAAGGUCUUCCACAAGUCAAGGCAGAUAACAGAGAAGAACCGAUGUGGUCUGGAUAAUCGAGGUUGCCAAAUUUGUUUGCCACAUCCGCAAAAAGAAGAAGGCACCAAGGAGUACACCUGCGCAUGCGCUGAUGGAAUGACACUCCAGGCUGAUGGAAAGACGUGUGUCAAGAAAGGUCAGAGGUCCGCCACGUGUUCCUCAGGCUUCCGAUCUGCAAACGGCACGUGUGUUGAUGUCGACGAAUGUGAAACGACUCCAUGUUCUCACAAUUGUACCAACACGCCCGGGAGUUAUAAAUGUACCUGUCCUGAUGGGUACGCCCUCGUCAACGACACAAGCUGCAAGACACGUGAGCCCGUGGCCGCAAUCCUCCUCGUGGUUGACAGGAAGGAACUGAAGAAAGUAGAUCUGGUUAACGGAAAAGUGACGUCCAUUCCUCUCGCAGAUGAGAGUUCCCAAUCAAGGCCUACUGCAAUCGACUACAGCUUCAAAAACCACACAAUCUACUGGACAGAUUACCGAGAAACUGGAAUAUACACGGCACAGCUGGAGGGGGACGCCCUGAAGGAUAAAAAGAAACUAUUCUGGACUGGUAUCCGUGACCCCCAGGGGAUAGCGUUAGACUGGGUGCACAACAACUUGUACUGGUCAGAUCUCAGUGCGCACUCCCUUCACGUGGCGUCCCUGGACACUAUGAUCCAGAAAACUCUUCUUGACGCUGACCUUGGAUACAUCCGGGGACUUGCAGUUGAUCCAAGACAUGGGUGGCUGUACUGGGCGGCGUGGGGCGUGCGUCCUCAGAUAGCCCGCUGUGGGAUGGACGGUAGCAACAGGGAGGUCCUCAUACAUCGGGGUCUGGACACGCCCAAUGAUGUAUCUAUAGACUAUGUAAAUGACCGCUUGUACUGGGUGGACGGCUGGGCGACGAAGUUGGUAAGCUGCGACCUGAACGGCAAAGACUGCUCCAUCUUGUGGAAGUCGAAGGAGAGACUCAUGAUAUUUUCAUUGGAUGCAAUUGGGAAUUCUAUCUACUGGACCGAGUGGAGCGAACCUAAAAUCCAGGAUUUCGAUCUGGUGUGGAUGAAGCGCGGACCGGGUUUAAGUGAGGGGACACAACCGUCGGGGGUUGCCAUCGUACACCCCGACAGACAGCCAUACGCACGGCAUCGAUGCGCCGACGCCUACAGCAACGGCUGUCAAAUUUGCCUCCCGACACCACCUGGGGAGAAACACAAGUUCCGGUGCGCCUGCCCAGACGGUCUAUAUCUGCAAUCGGAUGGGAAGGCUUGCGGAGACACAGAUCCAUCCUGGCCCCAGUGUCUCCAAGGUUACCGCAUCGUCAACGGCACCUGUCAUGACGUCAACGAGUGCGAGGAACAGCCGCGAGUGUGUGAUCAUCUGUGUUCCAAUACCAACGGAAGUUAUGAGUGCGCAUGUCGUGUCGGCUUCGAUAAGGACAAUGGAAAGUGUGUCCAGAGCAAAGAUGCAUUUCUGAUACUGAUCGAUCACGUGGCGUUCCGGCGAUUCAACCUGACAACCUUCGACUCCACAAUAAUGGAGGUGCCCAAACGUUUCGCCAUCGAGAGACCAGUCGCCCUGGACUUUGACGUGGCCAAUGCCGCCAUGUACUGGUCAGACCUAUCCACCAAGUCCAUUAACAUGGCAACGGUGGAUGGCGUCCAGUUAACCGACGCCCGUAUUGUCGUGAAAGGUGGCGCCUCCACCGUCCAUGGAGUGGCCUACGACUGGGUUCACAAGAACCUGUACUGGGUGGACGCAGUGCCAGGCAGCGAGGCUAUCAGGGUCAGGUCACUUCGUCGGAUGACCAGUACAACCCUAGUGGACAAGGGGCUUGGGAGACCAAGAGCAAUCAUAGUGCAUCCCAGCAAGGGCUGGGUGUUCUGGACGAACUGGGCGGUGUCGGCUACGAUUGAGCGUUGUGGUAUGGAUGGCACGCAGAGGGAAGUCAUCAUGAACGAUGCUAUUAAAUGGCCUAAUGGAAUAACCAUAGAUUACGUCACGGAGCUGUUGUAUUGGACGGACGCCGGCCUGGAGAUGUUGUCAAGCAGUAACAUCGACGGCAGCAACCGACGCAUCCUCCUACACAACGUCGGCUUCCCUAAGCAACACCUAUUUUCGGUCUCGCUAUACGGGGACUGGGUGUAUUGGACGGACUGGAUCAACCGGUCACUGAAGCGGGCGAAUAAACGCACUGGACAGGAUGUGACGUCAUACCGCGUUACAAACUCACCAAUGGGUGUAAAAGUAUUCCACUCCUCGCGCCAGAAACCAGACAACGAUAUCUGCGGAAACAAAAAUGGUGGAUGUUCCCAUCUGUGUCUUCCUAGUCCCGUUAUUACGUCAGGGUCACGUGGUUUCCGAUGUAAAUGCCCGGAUCAUAUGUUAUUGAAAAGAAAUGAUAAGUCAUGUGUUUGAAUGAAUUCUUAACGCGAUAUUGCAAAGGAGCUUUCAUUGAAGCAAAACACAGUCACGACUGUUUGUCACAGUGUAUUGGACGAUGCCACAACGCUGCUUGAUCAUGAAGUGGAAACGAUCGAUUUCUUCCCACGUCGACACGGAACGGUCCUUCAUUUCUUUGUCUCUGUACAUUUACAUUAAUCAUGCUACUCAAAAAAGGUGAAGGGCCACCAUGACUGAUUAACCAUAAUAAUAUGAAAGAAUUUGGUGGUCCUUUACUUUUUUGGAGUAGUAUAAAACAACAGGUUAACAUCUGCCUGGCGUCGCUGCUGUUGAAUACUUUGUUACGUCAAUGAUAUGACAUGUCUGAAAACGUGUACAAUGCAUCCUGAUUUCCGCAAGUGUACAUGUACUCCACGAUUGUAACCUGUCCACUGACUGGUGGCGCGCGGGUACAUACAUGUAUAUGGUAAUAGCUACCUCAGUUUUAGAAUACUUGGAUUUAGAUGAAAUGUGGGAUCACGUAUUGAUUCUUCUCUAAAAAGACAAUGUAAAUAGUUGUAAUACAAACAUCUUGCCAUUCA